UCGCAAUUCUUAAGUCACCCGAUUCAAGCCAUGGACUACGUAGAACAGCCAAAUAGCAAUCUGAUCUGCUGCAUCUGCCACGCCCCGUUCACAAAUCCUACGACCGCACGGACAUGCUUACACACAUUCUGUCAUGACUGCAUAAUAACAGCUGUACAGCACUCUCCUCAAUGUCCCAUCGACCGCUCCCCGCUUUCGCUUGACGAUCUGUCGCCAGCGAAUCCUAUCGUGAAACACCUCGUAGACGAACUCAUAAUAGAAUGCCCAAAACGAGUCUCCGGAUGCACCCAGACAUUUCAAAGACAAUUAUUGUCCGCUCACGUCAAAGACGCCUGUCAAUACGUCGAGAUCCCAUGUUCGGAAGAGCAAUGCGAUAAGCUCAUCCUUCGGAAGGACGUUGGUAAGCAUCAAGACGCUUGCGUGUAUCGCUCGACGCAGUGCGAUGGGUGCGAUGCGACAAUCAAGUACAGCGAUCUCAGUACUCACAACUCUGAGUGUCCUUCCAAGUCUGCAACGUGCAUUUUCUGUUUUGAAGAGUUCCCGAGGUCACAGUCGCAAUCGCACACUGCCACCUGUCUUGACUUUGAAAUUCCAUGCACGCAGGCUGACAACGGCUGCUCUUGGACUGGUCCCCGGCGUCAGCUCUCUGACGAACACGCUCUGUCCUGCCCAUACGAGGCUAUCAAAGGAUUCUUCUCUAUAAACGGUGCUCAAAUAUCAUCCCUAAACACGGAAAACGCCGCUCUCAGACAAAAAGUCCACGCACUCGAAUCGGUCGUCCAGACGAUACGAAGAGACAUCCAAACAUUCAGAAACGUCCUCGGUCCAUGGUACCGAUCACACACCCAAGACCAAACCCCUCCAAUCAUUCCCCCAUCCAUCGACGCCUUCGAUCACCUCUUCUCGGCACCCCCCGGUCCUUCUCCUUCCUCCUCCAGAACCACUCCCAAUCAAGCUCAUUCAUCUUCCUCCGCAGAUCACGGAGAACUCAUAUUUCCCGCGGCCCAUAACGAAAUCGACGCGCUCGCACCCUACUUCCCACUCACAACCGAGCACGCAUUCUCGGAAUCCCAUAAUUAUCCCCGAUCACGCCGAUCGUUCAGCGGGAUCGUAGAUCCACACUUGUCUCAACGGACACUGCCGUUAACGCCCGUCGCGCCUCUAAAUCUUAGCACCUCUCUCGAGGGUUCACUGAAUGGCUUACGCGACUCCGUAACCGCCGUAUCCACAUCCGUCGAUUCCCUAGCGCGUCGAAACGACAUCGCACUUACGAACGAGAGCAUGCGUCUCAAUGAAGAACUUGGCUCUCUCAAAUAUGCCGUUCACGGCAUACGACUGCAACUUCACCGUUUGAUGAUGGAUAGGAACGCGCAGGUGACGGGGAGAGUCGGAGAACCGCCUUUAGGCCUACCCGGUACUCAGACUAUCUUUUACCCUCCCAUGAUGGCACCUCCAUUUCCUGGGACGCCUGGGACGAAGCUCUGACCCAGUCCUGCGGUUUAUGGUCGUUCGAUCUCUUGUUAUCUUAGUUCUGUAAUUGAUUAUGAUUAUCUAUGGGCU